CAACUGUAUCUGCUGAUGAAACUAUUGACUUUCUUGACGGACGGACCGGACUUCAGCGGUAACCAUUGGCAAAGAAAAGCGCAGCCUCCUCACCUCCACCUGGCCGAGGUCACCGCCUCCCAGUUCCUGGACAUCUGGAAACAUUUCGACACCGACGGUAAUGGCUACAUCGAGGGGAAGGAGCUGGAGAACUUCUUCAGGGAGUUGGAGAUUGCCCGGAGAGGAGCCGGCGUGGACCCUUCAAAUCCUACAUUCAGAGAAAAGAUGAAGGAGUUCAUGCAUAAGUUUGACAAGAAUAAAGAUGGACGAAUUGAGAUGUCAGAGCUCGCCCAAAUUCUGCCAACUGAAGAAAACUUCUUGCUGUGCUUCAGACAGUUUGUCAACUCCAGUGUCGAGUUCAUGGCGGCAUGGCGGAGCUAUGACACAGACCGCAGCGGCUACAUCGAAGCAAACGAACUCAAGGGGUUCCUCUCAGACCUGCUGCAGAAGGCCAACAGACGCUAUGAUGAGCAGAAGCUGCAGGAGUACACACAGACCAUUCUGAAGAUGUUUGAUCUGAAUGGAGAUGGAAAACUGGGCCUGUCAGAGAUGGCCAGGCUCCUCCCUGUUCAGGAGAAUUUCUUACUCAAAAUACAGGGUGUCAAGCUGACCACUGAGCAGUUCAACGAAAUCUUCAUGUACUACGACAAGGAUAGGAACGGGUACAUCGAUGAGCAGGAGUUGGGACCUCUGCUCCAAGAACUUUAUCAAACAAACAAGAAGGACAUGGACCAGGAGAAGCUGACAGCGUACAUGCAGAGCAUCAUGGCGCUGUCCGACGGCGGGAAGCUCUACAGCAGCGAGCUGAAGAUGGUCCUGUGCAGGGAGCAGGUGGCGUGAUUCUACUUCCUGUCUUGCUACAUAUCCUGAUUUUAUCUGCUUGUCCUGACCUGCUGAUCCACAACUCCCCACCCACCCCAAGUCCAUGAAUGCCAGCUGCCUGGCAAAAUAUACCAGGUGCAUGUGUCCCCCUUUAAUGUUAGCACAUCAGAACGAACAAUACGUGCACCAUCAGCACAAAAACACUCGUCUGCUUUCAGCAUCUAGUUUUUACAAAACUGGCAUCUCAACCGCAACCCUGAUCAUCCACCUGAGACCUCCAGCCUUCUGAUCAAAUCCAUAGGUCACACCCCCGAAAUCUACACCCACCAUGUUGGCUAAUGCGCAAAUCGUUGGCGGCCAUAUUGCAAGGGACUUCUUUGUGUUACAAAUUAAGACAAAGAAUAGAGAAAACUAACAAAAAUGUCAUUUCAAAACAAUUCACAACUGAAUUUAAUUAAAUAGUUUAUUCAUAAGUGCAUUUGAUUAAAUUACAUUCCAAUGUGUCAUUCACAGUUAGAAUUUUCCAAAAAAACAACAAUAACAAAACCCCCUGUAUCUUCCCCCAUUUGAAAUGCAUAGAAAAUUUAAGAAAUCUGUUUUGAAAAUUGACUUUAUGUGCAGUUUGUACUUUUGGUAAACAGGUUACAUCAGCAAACACAAAAAAAUAAGUUUGCAGAGGAUGAAAAUAAUUAUUGAUCUACCAAAGAUACAAAUAGAUAUGUUUAAAUAUUUAAAAGCUUAAUCUACUCUAAAGCAAAACCUACUCAUAAAUAGGCCACAGGCCAUCCAACACCUUUUAACACUUAAUUUCCAUUAUUUCGGUGGGUUUUGUUCAACACACUGUUGCACAAUUCUAUGGUUUGUUGCUGCGGUUUGUCCCUCACAAGAUGGUGGCACAGUUCACGUGCCAAUUUGCCGACUUGGUGCCUCUAAUUUAUAGAAAAAUCUAUGAUCCCAGUCCCUGCCGCUCAAAAACCCAAAACCCUCAUUUCAAAGCAAUGAUAGCACCCAACCUUUGACCUUAAUCCAUCCCUUCUCUCUGUAAAUUUCACAUUAGCUACUAUAUUAUACAUAUAUAUAGUCAAACAGAAGUGCAGGUAACUGUGUUAAACGUAUCUAAUUUAAUGACUGAUGGAACAGAUAUUCUUGGUUUUUCUAUCUCUAUUUGUGCUUCCUUCUUGUUCCACUAAAUGUCUGCAGCAUUGCCAUGAAACCAUUUGAUUUACAAUGUUUGUUUUUGGCUGAUACUAUCAAUUAAAAUAUUAAUAAAACAUCUUAAAAUAAAA